AUGAACCUAAUACACAACGUCGACCCCCGCGUGAUGAGCGACUUGAUCAUCGGCUUGUCCGACGGCUUGACCGUCCCCUUCGCGUUGACCGCAGGCCUCUCGUCGCUCGGUGACUCCAAGUUGGUCAUCACCGGUGGUAUGGCCGAAUUGGUCUCCGGCGCCAUCUCCAUGGGAUUGGGCGGCUACCUCGCCGCCAAGUCCGAAAGCGAGUUCUACUACAGCCAGGUCAAGAAGGAGAAACAGCUCUUUUUCCAGUCGGAGGACUCCAUAGCAGACGAGUUGUACGACAUCAUCAUCGACAUGGGUGCCACGGAGUCAACCGCAGAGAGUUUCGUCAUGGACCUCUCGAAGAACCCGCAGGCCAUGAUCGACUUCAUCAUCAGGUACGGCAAGGGUUUGGAGGAGCCCCCCGAGGGGAGAAUCGUCUCCUCUGCGUUCACAAUCGGAUCCGGCUACUUCUUCGGUGGAUUCAUACCUUUGAUUCCAUAUUUCUUUUUCGCCACCGUGGCGAAGGGCUUGCUUGUGUCCGUGCUCGUCAUGCUCCUGACUUUGUUUUGGUUCGGCUACUUGAAGAGCAUGAUCUCCAUGGGUACAGAUUGCACCAGGUGGACAAGGGUGAGCGAGGGAAUCCAGAUGGUGUUUAUUGGCUCGAUAGCCGCCGGUUCCGCAUGGACGUUGGUCUACUUGAUCGAUAACUAG